CAAGUAUAUAAAUGGGGGAACCCCGCUCGGCGGCAAAGACUCGAAAAAGACGAAGACUAGCCAACAUGUCAACCACUCGUCGGUAGCGGUCUCACUAAUGGACUCGUAACAAUAUUCGACGAGCCUCCUAAAGUCAUCGGGCGAGAUCGUCUGACAUGAAGUGACCUCCUUGAAUCGACCGCAUGACACUUUUUUUCCCAGCGGCCCGCCUCUGAUGUACCUGGGUUUGCACCUCGACUUAUCGACCCGAAGAGAACACGGAGAAACACCACAUAGCGGCAACCACUAAGAUGGCUCGUGCUGAGACCGUGGAGAGCGUGGGAGAGGCUGCCAGAGGGGCGGGCGGCCCGUUGCCCCAUCAAUACCCCAUCGCUUGUCACUCCUUCUUGCACUUUCCCAACAAUCACCACCAGAGCCAGCAGCAGAACCACCAGGAACAACCCAACCUGCCCACACCGCCGCCUUCCCCACCCGGUCAUCCAAACCCCGUCUCGGGAGAACAAUCAGACCAGCGGCGCGGUCCCCUGCCAGACCUGCUACCCCGGGAUCAGCGCCCGGCUGGGGGUGGGUCACAUCCCAGAGGCGAGGCCACGCUGGAAGCGAGGCCCAUAGACACCACAGCCGUGGGCCUGCAGCUCCGGACCAUCGGCGAUGAAUUCAACGCCUCCGUGCUGAGACCGCACGCCGCCCCCCACUGGCAGGACUGGAUCGACGCCGGUCGAGGCUUCCUCAACCUGGCAGCGCGCACCCUCAGCGCUCUCUACAGGCUGACCUAGAGGUAGGCUAAUCCAUAGAGAGUGGGUUACCACGGCAACCACUAGCCGGCGGCGUGAGACUUCGGUGUCUGCUGGUUCGGACUGCAGACAACACCUUUGUCGUUUUUUUUGUUUUUUUAAUUAACUGUGAAAGUGGAUCGAAAAUCUUUUACAUUUGUCCAUACCUGAUGCUAAAGCUAAUGGCGAGCUAUUUAUGUCAAGUUAGGUGUUUUUGUUUUGGACAAAUGAGUUUUAUUUUAUUUUUUUGCCCCAGCAUGAAAUUGUUUAGUUUCAGUGUGACACAUCCGGUGCCUUUGUACUGACCAAUCACACACACACACACACACACACCGUUGGUCCUCCAUGUUGUUUGGAGCAUGUAAAUAUUUCUUACCAAUCCUAAACAAAAAAUUGUGUUGUAAUGAUGAUUAGAAAAUAAAUCCAGUGGAUUUGAGAUGUAUGUCACGCAAAACAAGAAAACACAUUUUGAUUUGAGUCCCGGAAAAGUAUUUCACCAUGUUUUGAAACGAUUGUCUGAUAGAUAAUUUAUUUUUGCGGUAGCAUAUUUGUAGCCUAUUUUUUUUUUUUGUUCAUUGUUUGUCUUGUUUUCCAUGACGUUUUUUAAUUUAUUUUGUGUUCUCAACAUUCCUGCUGUGCGCGACAAAAUGGGAAGCUGCAAAUCCGCCGGCGACGUUACCCUGGUGGAACGCAAAAAGUGACGAAAAGAUUUGCCAGUCUAAGAAAUCUUCUUGUACUUUGAUCAAAGUGCACUUUUUACUUCCAGUUUUGUUUUCAGUGUUUAUUGACAUUGUUUAGCAAGUUUACCGCUUUGCUUUGGUACCGUUUGCUGGCACGUUUCCUCACGAUGAUGUGGUCAGUUCCCGUUGGGCCGCUUAGUUAGUGGCCACUCAACUGAACUCAACCAGUUAUUUUGUUUUUUACUGUUGUAAAGUUUCUACUGGAAUUUUCUACUUUGUUCUUUUAUAUAAUAAAGUCAAUUGAAUAAA